ACUCACGGUUAUAAAAAUACCCGUGUCCGUGUGGACUAGGCCUCAGUUUAUGAAAAAAUCAAUCACCUAAGCAUGCAGGCAGCUUUUACAAACAUUUGUGGUACAGUGAAAGGUUGCCACCUGUGCAAUAAGUCCAUUCGUGAAAUUUCCUCACUACUGAAUAUUCCCAGUCAAAUGUUAGUAAUAUUAUAACAAAAUGAAAGCAAUUGGGAAUGACAGCAACUCAGCCAUGAAGGGGCAGGCCACGUAAAAUCACAGAGCGGGGUCAACGCAUGCUAAAGCACACAGUGCAGAGUCAAUAACUACAGACCUCCAAACUUCAUGUGGCCUUCAGAUGAGCUCAAGAACAGUGCGUAGAGAGCUUCAUGGAAUGGGUUUCCAUGACCGAGCAGCUGCAUCCAAGCCUUACAUCACCAACGUCAAUGCAAAGCAUCGGAUGCAGUGGUGUAAAGCACGCCGCCACUGGACUCUAGAGCAGUGGAGACGUAUUCUCUGAAGCGACGAAUCUCGCUUCUCUGUCUGGAAAUCCGAUGGACGACUCUGCGUUUGGCGAUUGCCAGGAGAACGGUACUUGCCUGACUGCAUUGUGCCAAGUGUAAAGUUUGGUGGAGGGGGGAUUAUGGUGUGGGGACGUUUUUCAGGGGUUGGGCUUGGCCCCUUAGUCCCAGUGAAAUGGACUCUUAAUGUUUCAUCAUCCCAGGACAUUUUGGACAAUUUCAUGCUCCCAACUUUGUGGAUUGACCCUUCCUGUUCCAACAUGACUGUGCGCCAGUGCACAAAGCAAGGUCCGUAUGGAUGAGCGAGUUUGGUGUGGAGGAACUUGACUGGCCUGCACAUCAACCCAAUAGAACAUUUUUGGGAUGAAUUAGAGUGGAGGAUACGAGCGAGGCCUUCUCGUCCAACAUCAGUGUCUGACCUUACAAAUGUGCUUUUAAAAGAAUAGUCAAAAAUUCCCAUAAACACACUCCUAAACCUUGUAGAAAGUCUUCCAAGAAGAGUUGAAGCUGCAACUGCGGGUUCACACCAGCCGUGUUUGGGCCGUCAAAUUCGCGUCUACCGCGUCUAGUUUGCCGCUUGAACAUUUUGAGUUUACUCGCUUCAUUCGUGCAUGAAAUUCUAGUCAUCGAGACAUCACGCGGAAAUUUGCGUGAUGGGAGGGGCUUCUGCGACUUUCUGUAUCACGUCACUAGUAGAGCAAGCUCCUGAUUGGUUAACAAGGCGUGUCUUUCCGGCAAAGUUCAAUUUUUCAACUUGCGUGUUUCCCUCAGCAACGCUCAAUUUGCGCGAAGUAGACGUGCAAAUGAGGCGAAAUCACGUCUACCACGCCGUGCUUAACGCCUCAUUCACGCCACGAGACCUCCAGACGACUUAACAUUGAAAUCACUUGCGCUUGACGCCUCUAACGCGGCUGGUCUGAACGCAGCAUUAUAGCUGCAAAGGGUGGACCAACUGCAGAUUAAACCCUAUGGAUUAAGAAUUAAGGUUCAUGUGUAUAAAGGCAGGUGUCUCAAAACUUUUGGCCAUAUAGUGUAAGUGAAAACCUAAAAGCAUGUGAUCGUGUAAUUCUAGCUAUAACUUCAGUGUAUGUGUCCUAAUCUGGGUUGCCAAGUCUACGGUUAUCCCACAGAAUUGGACUAAUUUAAAGUGAUAGUUUACCCAAAACGAAUAAUUUCAUUUUCUCACCCUCAAGUUGUUUCAAACCUGUAUAAAUUUCUUUGUUUAACUGAAUACAAAGAAAGAUAUUUGUAAUGAUAUAUGAUGAUUCUUUUCAAUGUCUAAUACGCUAUCAUCCAUAGUUAGAUCAAAGUUUAUUAUGAGACACUAUGAUUUAACCCAUAAACAAAUAUUAUGAAAAUACAACAGGGUUUGUAUAAAUACAUUAUGCAACCUGCCACAUUUCUAUUCAACCGAUUUCCCCAACCAAAUAUUUUCUAAUCAACUCUUGAGGACCAUACUACUGUAUAUAUAAAUAUAUCAUGUGUUCAUGUAAUUAUGAUCACGAUAGUCUCCGUGAUUAGAAAAUAACACAAAUACAAACAUCUGACAUCUGACUCCUGUGUUUAUAUUCACAAAUAAUACAUUUCUAUCUAAAGCAUCCGUCAAUUUUUCAUAAACUCUGAUGGGAAUUAUACACAGUUAUUUUUCCUACAGUUUUAUUAUCAAUUUAUGAAAUUCAAGGCGUGCUUGAACACUGAGGUGAAGCCAGAAUAUUUUCAUGGACAGCCUUAAUGGAACUUGCAGUACACUCAUAAUUUACAUGUCCGAUACAUGAAAGUGAAUCUCGGAGGCGUGGGGUUGGCCUUUUACUCACACACAUGUGGUCGAUGGUGACCAUGUAACCAUUCUUCUCACUAUCUGCGUCGAGAUUCACACUGAAACACAACAGACCAAAACAAAACGAGCCUACGCAUUAUAUAUCAACUGGUAUUACAUAAGGUGAGUCUAAAUCCAACUUCACUUUCAUUUAUCAAAUAUCAUGAUCGCUUUUUAAUUCUAUGGUCGUCAUCUAAGAUGGACUGGACGCUUAUGGUGCUCUGUGGCAUUCUGGGGUCUGGCCUCAGCCAAAAUCCACCGUGGUUCGAUAACAUCACAACAGAUCUAUUCAGAUCUCCUGGAGAUAUUAUGAUUGGAGGAAUUUUCCCCAUUAAAGAACUCACGAGCAACUUGAGCCAACGAGUGACACCAGAUGACGUUCAUUGCGACAGGAUCAGCUCUUACGGUCUGUCUAUCUCAUUGGUGAUGAAGUACUGCGUGGACGAGAUCAACGCUAACACAAAUCUUCUUCCUGGAAUCAAACUGGGCUUCGAGAACUACGACACCUGCCAGCAACCGUCCGUCGUCAUGUGGCCCGUGCUACAAUUUCUCACGAGGGAAAAUACAGAGGAAAUGGACAUCUCCUGUAACUACACUGACUACAAGCCUCGCGUUAUAGCUAUCAUAGGCCCAAACAACUCCGAGCUGGUGCCGGUCAUAGGAAAGCUAAUUGGAUUUUUCUUGAUGCCGCUGAUUAGCUAUGGAGCCACCAGCGACACAUUCAGUGACAAAGACACAUUCCCAUCUUUCAUGCGUACGGUCCCCAGCGAUCGCUGGCAGGCUGCCGCCAUAGUGCAACUUUUAAACCAGUUUCAGUGGAACUGGGUGUCGGUGGUAGGCAGCGAUGAGGAGUAUGGUCAGAGUGGUCAGCAGCUGUUCUCCAGCAUGGCCAAUGACGGGUCCAUCUGUGUGGCCUAUCAAGGUUUGAUUCCUGUCUACAGCGACCCCAAGCCAAUGAUAACGGAGAUACUUGACCACAUUGUGGAAGCCAAUGUAGGAGUAGUGGUGGUCUUCUCUCUCCCCAAUCCGGCCAGAGACUUCUUCACAGAGGUUAUCAGAAGGAACAUGACAGGAGUCUGGGUUGCAAGCUCAUCGUGGGGUCUGGACGAUGUUGUGUCCAGCCUGCCUGGCAUCAACACUAUAGGCACAGUACUGGCAUUUGCAGACAUCACUAGAAAUCUUAGCCUAUUUACGCCGUACGUCCGAGAGCUCUUCACAAAAGUAGAGAACGAGAGACCACAGCCGGACCUAAACAGCUCACCUCUGGACAACCCUUGCCCUGCAUGCAGCCAAGUCACCAAAGCCAACAUGAGCAUGGUGGAGACAAAUGUUGUCCAGCGAUCGGCUUUCAGUGUGUACACUGCCAUCUACUGUGUGGCAUACGCACUUCAUGACCUGCUGGGAUGCAAUGCCAGCCGAUGUGCAAUAAAUCCCAGUACACAAAAAGUCUAUCCAUGGCAGUUGUUACAGAAGCUCCGAAAUGUUAACAUAAAUAUAGAGGGGAUCCUUUUAAAGUUUGAUAAUAAAGGCAAUCCAAACUUUGGCUACGAUAUGCUGCAAUGGAUCUUUAAUGGCAGUAAUGUAAAAUUUCGUGCGAUUGGAUCUUUUAAUCAGACGCUUAAUAUUCAAACACAAAAGAUAAAAUGGCAUACGGCAAAUUCUAAGGUGCCAUCAUCCACCUGCUCCUCAAACUGUGAGGUAGGACAGGUGCGCAGGGUUAAAGGUUUUCAAUCCUGCUGUUUCGACUGCAUUGACUGUAAAGAAGGAACUUAUUUGAACAGAACAGAUGAUAUCCAAUGCACAUUAUGUCCUGUCGGCAAGUGGUCCACCCUACGUAGCACCAGCUGUGUCUUUCCCGUCUAUACUUACCUGGAUUGGCUUCAAUUUGAGUCAAUAGCAAUCCUGCUGGCUGGAAUUUUGGUACUUGCAUCACAUGCAUGGGUAGGGAUUCAUUUUUUCAAGAACAGAGGAACUCCAAUGGUGAAAAUUGCUGGUGGGUCAUUGAGCAGCAUUACCCUGUUGAGCCUAUCAGCACAAUGUGUCAGCCUGGUGCUGUUCCUGGGUCAGCCAAAUGACAUUGCGUGCCGUCUACAGCAACCCUUGAACGUCUUCUUUCCUUCUGUGGCCCUCUCGGUCAUCCUCAGCAGUUCCCUUCAGAUUGUCUGCGUCACAGAAUUUCCCGAAAAAUGCCCCGAUCAUCUGGAGAAUCUUCGCGAGCGAGUAAGCUGGUUUGUGGUUCUGGGUUGCUGUGGGGUCCAAGCCGGGCUGUGCGGUUGGUAUGUCAAAGAAGGUCCCUCCCUAACCCAAUUCCUCACCAGUUUGGAGGUGAACUACGUGACAAGAUUUCUGCGCUGUCCAGUGGAGCCCUUGUUGAACUUUGGCUUGAUGAUCGGAUUCAAUGUGCUACUGGCACUGGUGUCAUUCAUGUCCACCUUCAUGGCUCUAAAACCACCUGGACAGUACAACCUUGCCAGGGACAUCACCAUCUCCUCCUUGAUUUACUGUGUAAUGUGGGUGAUGUUUAUCCCCACCUACACAAGUCUAAAUGAUAAGUAUAAAUCUGUAGCUCAAGCAGUGGUCAGUUUAGGUAGUAAUGUGGGUCUGAUACUCACCUAUUUUUACCCAAAAUGCCAACUGCUAGUCAAACAGCCCGAACUCAAUACAGACGAUCACUUUCGCACAUUUUUGGAAGGGCCACCGCCACCUGAAGAGCCACCUGAAGCACAACCUGAACAAAAUCAUUAAAGCCCUCAUUUAUUGCUGAAAUAACCUCUAAUAUAAAGUUUAGUUUGAGAUAAUGAUCAUCUGACUGUACAUUUUCUCUUACAUAUUAAUAAUAUUAGUAGUGGUUUUGUUCAUAACAUGUUACACAAUGCGAAAACCUAGGUAAAGUCUUUUUGUGUGUGUGAUUUAUUUUCUACAUAAAAUGAUCAUAAUGAAAAAUAAUGUAAAAUAAAUCUUUGGUGUCCCCAGAGUAUGUAUGUAAGGUCUAGCUCAAAAUAUCAUAUAGAUAAUUUAUUAUAACAUGUUAAAAUUGCCACUUUGUAGGUGUGAGCAAAAAUGUGUCGUUUUUGGGUGUGUCCUUUAAAAUGCAAAUGAGCUGAUCUCUGCACUAAAUGGCAGUGCCGUAGUUGGAUAGUGCAGAUUAAGGGGCGGUAUUAUCCCCUUCUGACAUCACAAGGGGAGCCAAAUUUCAAUGACCUAUUUUCCUCAUGCUUGCAGAGAAUGGUUUACCAAAACUGAGUAACUGGGUUGAUCUUUUUCAUAUUUUCUAGGUUGAUAGAAGCACAGGGGACCCAAUUAUAGCACUUAAACAUGGAAAAAGUCAGAUUUUCAUGAUAUGUCCCCUUUAAUAUUGACAGAGUAAGGUCAUGUCAAAGAUUGAAAUCAAUGACUGAAAUCAAACUUUGAUGCUUUAAAUCUCAUCAUUAGAUUAUGAGACUUUACCCUGGAUUUCACAGAAAGAGUCAGGUAUGAAUGAUAGUAAUAAUAGUUAUAGUUAUUGUUUAUAAUUAUUUAUUUGUUUAGCAGACUUUACACAAGAUUGUAGCAAAAUGUAACAAAUAAUUUAGAAAUAA